AUGAUUGACUUUGGCAACUUUGACCGUGUCUUUGGUCCACUGAACCCGUUUCCGUACGAUCGGACCUUUAUUCAGGAAGCAGAAGGCUUCCGCCGCAGCUUCGAAGGUGCUCUAUUCAUUGACAAGAUCCUGGCGGCAUUGGGCCUUGCCAAAGUCCGUGGUCUCUAUCCCCCGAAGUCUGAAGCGACCCUCCACCAACUGCACGAGAAGGUCACCGCCUCGACAACCAUUGCGACGCACCACAAGCUUUCUAUAUUGUACUACCUUCUCCUGGACAUUGACGAGUUUCUCAAGUCUCAGCCAGGUCACAUCGAUGGGAACAAGGCAGACCAAUUUGCUAAUCGCUCGGGUCUUCCCACCAAGUACCAACUGUUGAUUAAGGGAUUGUGGCACUUCGACCGCCAAAAGUUUGACGUCGGUUUGGAAUACUUGACACACCCAAGCUUGACCCCCGAAUUUGCCGAUGAUAUUAUUACGGUACUCGCGAGACAAGCCACCAAGGACGGAGACUAUACGUUGCCUCUGGCAUAUUGGCACACUGUCCAGCCAGUACUCAAGACCGAAACAGCUGUCCAGUUGCUGUUCGACGCCCUGAUCCAGAGUGACAUUGGCGAGGCACUGCGCUUCUCAAGAGCGAAGCCAGAAGCACAAAGGCAGGGCCUCUUUAAGAGACUGGUGAUUGGUGUACUCGACAGCGAGCGUGGUGAUGAAGCAGCAGAUCGUGCUGGCGAGCUUGCAAGUCUACCAUUCGAUGAGAAUGAGGAUGAGUGGUUCCGGGAAUACCUUGCCAGCGGCGAGGGCAAGAGGUUGAAGAUCGCUAGAGAUACCCUUCUUAUGCGCCGCAUCGCUCUCGGUGAGCCGGUUUCGACAACUGGUGAGAAAGGUACAUGGGGCGUUGUCAUGGAGGCCUUCAAGGUGGGCAGUGGAGGUCGAACGUGA